GGCAGAAUGCGGUCCCUCCGUUUCCGAGCGCAGAGACGCUGCGAGGGGCGGGCCGCAUCCCCAUUGGUUCUCCCGGAAAUAACAUCACCUCGCGGAGCUUCAUUGCCUGAGCUGAGCUGCGGCGAGAAAGGCCUCACCAUGAUAAAACGGGCCGCUGGUGCUGCAAUCGGAGGAGCCCUGGCCGUGGGGGCUGUGCCGGUGGUGCUGGGCGCCUUGGGCUUCACCGGGGCAGGAAUCGCUGCCUCGUCCAUAGCGGCCAAGAUGAUGUCGGCGGCCGCCAUCGCCAAUGGGGGCGGAGUUGCUGCCGGCAGCCUGGUGGCGACUCUUCAGUCCGUGGGGGCAGCUGGACUCUCCACAUCGUCCAACAUCCUCCUGGGCUCCGUUGGAUCAGCUUUUGGGGCUUUGCUUGGAGGUGCAAAAAAGGCGACCCCUGGUUCUCCCCCAGCUGGACCCAGGGCUUCAGGGGAGCAGCCAGGAGAAAAUGUACCCCAAGUUGAACCUCCAAAAUCACCAGUUAGGUCAGAGAAGCAUGAGAAAUAAAGAUCUUCUGC